GCACAGACCCCUCACCCAGUGCAUCACAGUGACACCCUGUGCAUCACAGUGACGUCUUGUGCGGAUAGCUACAUAUAUGCCCUUACAGUUGUAAUCAUAGAUCCAUAGCAUUAAUAUUUUCUUUAUGUAAAAAGGCGUUCUAAAGCCUGGGAGAGAAGCAGCAGCAUGCAGCGGAGCGCAGUGUUCGUGGUGGCGGAUAAAAUGAGCCUGAAAAGGCCGUUUAUUUUCGCCAACGCUGUGCAUAUGGCGCUGUGCUUCUUCAUGUUGACGAUGACAUUAGCUUGGCACAGAGACCUCAUACAAACUGGCAAACUGGUGUCCAAUGUUUCUGUCGUGAUCAUGUACGUCGUAGAGAUCGGCUGUCUGCUGCUCUCAGUGCUCGGUGUGGUUGGAGCCUGUAAAGGAAAGAGAUGGUGUUUGAUUCUGUAUGCAACUGGGAUGGCAGCAGCCAGUCAAACAAUAAUUGUGAGAACAGCACUAAGUUACCAAGAUAUUUAUGAGAAGCGUGUGGUCCGUGAAGAGUCCAAGUUGCUGUCCAUGAUGCCACUUAGUGGAACCAGCAAAGCCAACAGGACCCUGCUGUACAGCAUUCAACAAGAAUUUGAGUGCUGCGGUCUUAUUGAUGGCUAUAAAGACUGGGGCUCGUCCAUCCCUGCUUCCUGUAACUGUCAUUAUCCAGGAAAAUGUAUUCGACUACGGGGCAUUGCCACACUCGGGGCUCCAAAGAAUCAGUACGUUUAUCAAAAGCCUUGCCUACCAAUUUAUGUUUCUGAACUGAAGCUUGCAUUCUCAUUGGCGAUGGCUGUACAAUUUGGAAGUGGAGUAUUUUGGGUGGUGUUACUGGUGAUGAGCAUCAAGCUGAUGGGCCAGAUAAAGAGGAAACAGGAGUUCAUGGCUCUUCUCCAAUCAAACAGAUAUGUUCCCGGUGCCUUCUAGUCACCUUGUAUGUUUUGAUACACACUUCAAAUUAUGAUCAAGCAUACCUUUUAUUUGUAUUUGCACAUACAUGUAACACAUUAUGCUGUAUACCAUAUCCUGGCUAUUUUGUCCUAUAGCAACAUAUGUUGACAUUAUAAUUUUCUGUUAAUGCAUGUGACUGAUAUUAAAAAGUAAUCUACAUGCAUAGAUCGAUUUCUUUUUUUUUGCCUUACUGCUGUAAAACAUUGCAAUUUAAUGAAAUAUUUAAUAAUCAUCACAUUUUCAAAUGCUUUUGUCAUAUCCCUGAAAUUAUGUUUGAAAAUUAUCUUACCAAGCAUUAACCAGACAUCUGUUUUCUUUGAGUAGCUGGAGCCAAUCCCGGCAUUUUGUCAUUUACAGUAAGUGUUGUCUUAUCUGGAUAAUAUUCAGAUAUAAUUUAUCUCCAUUUCCUUAAUACCUGUAUUCAUUUCUGAGGGAAGACGGAUAUCUAAUUGCAUCUACUGAGCAUAAAACUAUUAAUUAAUGGCUUUAAUUUAUCACGACUGGACCAACUUCUUUCAAACACAUAUUUAAAUAUUCGUACUUGUCUUAAGCUCACUCAUUGAAUUUUCAGCAUUAGAGCAAACCAAUAAUCUUUGAACAAAUAAUAAUAUUAAUAACCCAUAUGUAGCACCUUUCUUAAACAGCGUUUACAAAGUGAAAUAUAAUCGCUUAUUUAUUAUUGAGAAAUGUAUUUUCUUGGGUAAAUAAUCAGGUUGGACAACGGAAUGAGCCACAGCUCUCAGAAUGUCUUGAUGCCUUGUUAUGCACAAUGUAUAUUUGAAAACUUCAUCACUUCAUUCAGUUGUUCUCGAAGCACAUUUAGCGCCGGGGGGGGCGAUAUACCCGCUCGGAGGAAAAGGGAUUCUGUUUAGUUGCACAUGCAGUAAAUCCUCAAAUGUUUUGCCUCCAGAAUUUGAUUUUGAGGUUUGGAGACAUUUUGGGCCAGGCCGCUGCAGACAGGUUGUGAGAGGCUCUUGUAAGAAAACGCGUCACCAAUAUUCUCGCAGAGACUGUAAUGUCCCAACUGAUGCCGCUCUCACCGAAGAAGCCUUUACGCCACAUCUCUUCUAAUAUGACUUGCUGCAUGAGCUGCCUGCGGUUGAAAUGUCAUCAUUGACUAAUAUAUUGUCAAAUGAUUUUCAUCUGAAACAGCAGAUCCAAUGUCUACCUGUGCACUUUAACCAUUAAUGCCUAAUAUCAGUAUGUUCUUGCAAAGUAUGGAUUUUUUUUUCUUCUGUCAUACACUGUUUUUGUUAUUUUAUUUAAUACUUAUGGAAUGAACUUAUGUAAUAUUUUGUAAAUAGCAGGAAUAAAAUAUGUGAUUCUUGUU